UCAUAGUGAAACAGAUACAGUUCCUUUUUAUUCAUCUAUGAAGUAUCAAGCACAUUCAUCAAACAUCAUACUUAAUACAAACAUCAGUGUCAUACAUUAGAACUAUUUGCUUAUGAAUGUGAAUAAUAAGAAAAGUAUUUUAUGUUUUGUAGCACCCCACUUGCAGAAUCAUCUUCUACGUUUCAAAGAUGAUGGGAAAGUCAAACAUGGUUCUGCUAUCAAUCUAAAUGGAAUCCCAUUUAUGGUUGUUGGGUCACGGCUCAUGGAAUGCCAUCAAGGACCGAAUCACCGUCAAAACAACCCUAGUGACCAUCAUGACUGUGACCAUGGUUACACACAGAACAUUCCGGCAAAGAAACUCACAGGUAGUAAAAAAAGAGGUUGUUCAGCUGCUAUCUACCUUCGGGAAGUCAUCACAUUUCCUGAUUACAAGCUAAUCACAGAAUCUCAUCACUACAAGCAGCUUAAAUCCGAGGAGCUCAGAGCAGCAUUAGAAUCACCUAUAUACGAUGAGAUCAACAGAAAAGCUUAUCUUCAUCGAUCUACCGCUGCAGAUUUGAAAGCUCCAAUUGAUUCCCGGCUAAUCGACCUGAUAAAGCAAAGAGUCAACGACGGCAUUUAUAACACAAAUGAAAUGAAAAAACAUUCCCAGUUAUUUGUGGAAUGUCUUUUUGCAGGAAAGACCAUGCCUAAUCGUUUCAAUAGAAGAUUUUUUCCCAGCAGGGAAGAUUUCCGUAAAAUCAUAUACAGGGAGCGCAGAAGACUUCAGCAUGGCCUCCUGGAUCAGGAGUUUUUGCUCACCAAAAUAGAGCAAUGGAAAAAAAUCAGACCACAUGACAGAUGGUAUUUUCGGCCAUCAAGUGCCACUUGUACUGACCAAACUGACCAAACAGGAGCUACACUACAAAGUUUGCUCCUGGUUUACCAGGCAGACUGGCAGCAAAUGUUGCUAAAAAGAUAUGGCAUGGACAUUGUCUUUCUCGAUGCCACGUAUCGAACAACACGUUAUGCUCUGCCAUUGUUCUUUCUUUGUGUGAGAACAAAUCAAGGGUAUGUUGUUGUGGCUGCAUUUGUCAUCGAGAAGGAAGAUGCUCAGUCAGUUGAAGAGGCACUCCACAUAAUCCAGGAUUUCAAUCCAUUCUGGAAUACCAAAAGCUUCAUGAUUGAUGCUUCAGAGAUUGAAGCAAAUGCUAUUACCAACACAUUUCCAGAUGCAGAAAUAUUCAUCUGCGACUUCCACAGGAAGCAGGCGUGGCAGCGCUGGACAUCAGCCAUUAGAAAUGGAGUGGCGGAGCAACAAGAAGAAAUUCUGAGAUUGUUGAAUUGUGUUGCUGAAUCAGCCACACCUGCAGAAUUUGAAAAGAACGAGGAGGUGCUGAGGCAAAGUCAUAUUUGGAGAAAUUACAAACUGAGACAUUACAUCAACACUCACUGGCUUGCAGAAGGCAAAUACCAGAAAUGGGUACUGGCCUACAGGCACAGUUUGCUGUCAUUUAUCGUCAACACCAACAACGGCGUGGAAGCGCAAAACAAACUAUUUAAACACGAAUAUCUGGCUCCCUUUAGAGUUAAAGCUCUCAGUGGUCUCAUGAGUACGUUGGUUGACAACUUCUUUGAAGACGCUCAUCGAAAUUACUAUAAUUAUAGAUACCUUGAUGCGAACGUAACGAUGUCGGAAGGAUGGAGGGAGGGUAUGGAAAGCAUUCCAAAGGAGCUCCAUCACAGGCCAGCUCCAUUCAUUAAGCACAUGAGGGAGCUGAAGCAGAAAUCUGCUCACAUCACUUCUGAGAUGGUGAAGGAGGUGGAGGUGGACCUGUAUGAAGUUCAAUCAGAGAACACAUCACAAUCAUACAGUGUAUUCCUGGGCAGUGAAGACACCAAAUCCAUUCCAUCAUGCACAUGUCGGCAAUUCCGCAAGGACCAUCUGCCCUGCAAACACUUUGCAGCAGUGUUCCGGCAUGUGCCUAGUGUGAGUUGGACUUCACUGCCCAACUUCUACAGGUCCUAUCCAAUCAUCACUGUUGAUGAUGACUGUGUGAAACCACAACCCAUUAAACCUCUUCCAGCUGCUGACAUUUCAAAACCAGAACCCUCGAUCAUACAGCAUGUUCAUCAGAAAGAUGAAGAACAUGUUAAGGAAGAUUCACCACUGCAGCUGGCAAGAGCAGCUAAGUCUGUAAGGGAGGUCAUUUCCCAAAUACACAGUAUGACAUUCCUUGUCAAGUCCUUGGGGGUUUUGGAAAAAGCCAGAUGAGAGUUGGAGACAGUGGCCACACAUCUAAUGACCCAUGCACCAAAGACAGAUGGCAUCCUAUUAGAAUCUGCCCCUGUAUCAAAAAACCCCAGCAAGGUCCGAGACCUUCCCCAAAGAAAAAGGAGAAAGGCCUCAGGAUUAAGAGGGUACAAAAAAACGAAAGACAACCCACAGUGAAGACUUGGCAUUCGAAUUCCCUUCAACAUCCUCAAGAGUGAAGUCUGAGGUGUGCUUUCCCAAUGUAGCGGGUGAACAAGUGGAAAUAGCAG